AAAAUUAGUAGGGAAAAAAACAUAUCAUGAAUGCUCCUCCUAAACCUCAAAAAUAGGUGAUGUAACUUUCUUUUUUUUUCGUUAAUUGCUGAAGACUUUAUCUGAGCUGAAAUUAUAAGAUAUGCACAUGAACUCACAGUAAGACCAAGUCUUCCACAAAUUAGAAAGCCCAAAAUGUGAUAGACAGUCUCUAGCUACUGCACAAAUACAAUGAUUUUCAUUCUCUCCAACUUACAUUCUAACAACAUGAGGAUUACCAGCAAUAAUUGGUUUGUCUCUCUGAUAUACAUCUCCUUGCUUCAGUGCAUCUUCUUUCAGGUUGCUGCUGUCAGUUCAGAGAACAUAGCCAUCGAUUGUGGCUCACCCACAGAUUCCGAAGAUAUAAGUGAAAGAAUGUGGAAGUCAGAUACCAACUCAAAUUUUUCACUUGUAGAUCACAACAACUCAUCCAUCAUAUCACCGGCAAUCCAACCGCCGCGACAGGUUUAUGCUGCCCCUUACGCAACCGCGCGCCUUUCUCGAACUCAGUUCACCUACUCGUUUCCUGUGGUCACAGGACAAAAAUUUAUUCGUCUCCACUUUUAUCCGGCUUUCUACGGUGGAUUUAAUCGUUCUGAUGCUUUUUUCUCCGUUAAAGCCGGCCGUUUUACUCUUCUCAGCAACUUUAGUGCUGCUCUUCAUGCUGAAGCUCAGGAUUUGGAAGGUUUCUUUAAAGAAUUCUGCUUAAACGUUGCUGAAGAAGACGAACAGAAACUAAAUAUAGAUUUUAUUCCAAGUCCAUAUAUGCCAGAUUCAUACGCUUUUAUCAAUGGGAUUGAAAUCGUAUCCAUGCCUCUCAAUCUUUAUUACAGCAAACCAAGUGAUCGAGGAGUUGGUCUUGUCGGGCAGGAUAAUCAGCAAAACAUUGAGAGUAGUUCAGCUUUGGCAUUGAUUUACCGGAUAAAUGUCGGUGGGAGUUCUAUCUCUCCGAAAAAUGACUCUGGAAACAUGUUUCGAAGCUGGUCUGGUGAAGAUGAAAAGUACUUGACCAUUGACCAAUCAAGCGUUCGCCCUUGUAAUCUGACUAUUGAGCUAAGUUUCGGAGAUCAAAUAGCUAAUUACUCUGCACCGGCAAACGUUUAUACAACUGCACGAUCAAUGGGAAGGGUUGGCGCGAUAAACCAGCAAUACAAUCUCACUUGGGAAUUUCCGGUUGAUUCUGAUUUCACUUAUUUUAUUAGGCUGCAUUUUUGCGAGAUUGAAACUCUCAUACAAGUUCCCGGUGAUCGAGUGUUUCGGAUUUACAUAAAUGAUGAUACAGCUGAAAGAAGCGCAGAUGUGAUUAUGUGGAGUGGGGGAUAUGGAUUUCCUGUGUAUAAAGAUUACGCCGUCAUGAUGACUGGCAACCGCGACCAAAAGAGGCAGAAUCUGUCUGUUGCUUUGCAGGCGCUUUCUCCCCAACAAACUCAUCAUUCUGACGCAAUUCUUAACGGGAUUGAAAUCUUUAAAUUAAGCACGCCGCUAAAUAAUCUUGCCGGUCCAAAUCCUGAUAUCGCCUUUCCACCAAAUGAUUCGCCGGCCUCAGCUAUAUCACCAAAACCGAAGAAUAAAUGGACGAAAAUAGGCGCCCUUAUCGGGGGUGUUUUAUCAGGGGUUGUGGUGCUUGCCACUCUGUUUUUCUUCAUUUUUCGGCGAAGUUCGAAAACCAAGGACUCGGGUAAUUCUAUUUCUUCGGCCAAGUCCGGAAAGACCCAAGGCUCAACUCUACCGUGCGAUCUCUGUCGCCGAUUCUCACUUUCUGAGAUCAGAGACGCGACUAACAACUUCGACAGUUUAUUCAUUGUGGGUGUGGGCGGGUUCGGUAAUGUCUACAAAGGGUUAAUUAAUGAAGGAGCCAUAUCGGUCGCGAUCAAACGGUUGAAUCCAGGCUCGGAGCAAGGCGCACAUGAAUUCAAAACGGAGAUAGAAAUGCUCUCGCAGCUUCGAUACCUUCAUUUAGUCUCUCUUAUUGGUUACUGCUAUGAAGAUGGUGAAAUGAUUCUGGUUUACGAUUACAUGGCGAAGGGGACACUUCGCGAUCAUCUCUACAAGACCGAUAAUCCUCCAUUGCCAUGGAUUCAGAGGCUUAAAAUCUGCAUUGGAGCAGCGCAUGGACUGCAAUACCUUCAUUCAGGUGCCAAGAACUCUAUCAUCCACCGCGAUGUGAAAUCAACCAAUAUCUUACUGGAUGAUAAAUGGGUCGCCAAGGUUUCAGAUUUCGGGCUGUCAAAAUUCGGUCCGAAUAGCAUGUCGAAACCACACAUUAGCACAGUGGUGAAAGGAAGUAUUGGGUACCUAGAUCCUGAAUAUUUUCAUCUUCAGAGAUUAACAGAAAAAUCUGAUGUCUAUUCGUUCGGAGUGGUAUUAUGUGAAGUUUUAUCAGCUAAGCCACCGGUGAGUAGAACGUCAGUUAGCAGGCCGGUAAGCCUAGCAGAAUGGGCUAGACAAUGCUACCGUAAAGGAAAGCUUGAAGACCUUGUCGAUCCAUAUUUGAAAGGAAAAAUCGCGCCAGAUUGUCUGAAGAAUUUCUUCGAGCUCGCUGUUAGUUGCUUAGUUGAUAAUGGAAUGGAUAGACCGUCGAUGAACGAUGUGGUGUGGAGACUCGAAUUUGCGUUGGACUUGCAAGAAACAGCAGUCAAACAGUGCGUACUUGAACCUGAAAUAGACAAGGACAUGGAGCGGCCGCUAAAAGAGUCGUCGCACGAUGAUAGCAGCAACAAUUUCAGUUCUGACAGUGGACUUGUGAUAGGUUCUCGGCUUAGUGGCAUGACAUUAACGAGCAGUAGUGAUGAUCAGAGCUUUCGCAGCAACUUUUCUGAUCAAAAAGUUACGUCUGGUGCUGUUUUCUCUCAAAUCAUGAAUCCUGAAGCUCGAUGAGAUCGUUUAUUCUGAUUAGCUUGCUAUGAAUUUGUGUUUAUUAGCUUAAUUAUCAUUUUUUCAUAAGAUUUCAUUUUAAUAGUUUCAUGUUGUGUUUCAUCAGCUUAUGUAUAAUUCUCUCUUCAGAAUGGAUAAAAAUAGAAACUACACCAUUAGAUGUAAUAUAAUUAUGAAUAAAUUGUGGAAACGAAAUUAUAAGUUCUCCAGUGAAUUGCAAACUUUAUUUA